AUGCAUUCUGCGGUGCUGACACGUACGCAGGCGUCUUGGGUGUAUCUCAACCGGCGCACCGUGCGCGGAGAUUAUGCCUUCCUCUUCUAUGCCGCCUCAUGCCUCUCUCUCUACGCUCUGCUGCGCGCAUUCCCUCUCACGUCUGCGAGUCCAUCCAUUGCGGCCGCCUCCCUAGCGUUCACAUACUUUACCACACUUGCGUCGGUCACGGUCGGCUACCGCCUCUCCCCAUGGCACCCUUUGGCAAGCUACCCCGGACCUAUGCUGUGGAGGAUCAGCAGCGUCUACCUCACGUACAUCUCAUUCAUGGGGCGGCGGCACCUUAUCCUCGAUAAGCUACAUGCCAAGUAUGGCCCGUUCCUUCGCAUUGGGCCGAACACCCUCUCUCUCAACACCCCUGCGGCUACAUCCGUAUACUUGAAUAUGGAGAAGAGUGAGGCCUAUCGAUUCCCAGCUCACGACGAUGUUGUGGGUAUAUUCUUCAAGCAGGAGUCUAAGGAGGUCCACAGGGAACGCAAGAAGCUCUGGGGCGGGAUGUUUACGCCUAAUGGCUUGGCACAGCUGACUCCUGCGCUCGAGAAACGGACUUGGGAGGUAAUGCGAUGCAUUGAGCGCCGGCAAAAGGCGAACGGCGGAUAUGUUAACCUGCCAGAGGCAUUCUACCACUGGUCGCACGACUUCAUGGGCGACAUGGUGUUCAGUGGCUGCAAUAAGAUUGAACUCAUGAAGAACGGUGACGCUAAAGAGCUCAUCUACACCGGGAAGCUGGCGACCGUGAUGCAGGACAGGUGA